AUUCCAGAGACACACAGGGACCUCAGAACAAAGAUAAGGCAUCGCUGACACCACACCGGGGACAAGCUCACAGGAAAGUCAGGCCGAGGGGACCAAAGCCAGGCAGCCAGGAGCACCCCAGGCAGGAAAAUGAGGUGGCUCCUUCUCUAUCAUGUUCUGUGCCUCUCCUUGUUGAAAGCUUCGGCCCAUACCGUGGAGCUUAACAAUAUGUUUGGCCAGAUUCAGUCACCUGGCUAUCCAGACUCCUAUCCGAGUGAUUCAGAGGUGACUUGGAAUAUCACUGUCCCAGAGGGAUUUCGGAUCAAGCUUUAUUUCAUGCACUUCAACUUGGAGUCCUCCUACCUUUGUGAAUAUGACUAUGUGAAGGUAGAAACUGAAGAGCAGGUGCUGGCAACCUUCUGUGGCAGGGAGACUACAGACACAGAGCAGACCCCCGGCCAGGAAGUCGUGUUCUCCCCCGGCUCUUUCAUGUCCAUCACUUUCCGGUCAGAUUUCUCCAAUGAGGAGCGAUUCACGGGCUUUGAUGCCCACUACAUGGCUGUGGAUGUGGACGAGUGCACUGAACGAGAGGAUGAGGAGCUGUCCUGUGACCACUACUGCCAUAACUACAUUGGCGGCUACUACUGCUCCUGCCGCUUUGGCUACCUCCUCCACACAGACAACAGGACUUGCCGAGUGGAGUGCAGUGACAACGUCUAUACCCAGAGGACAGGCGUGAUCACCAGCCCUGACUUCCCCAACCCUUACCCUAAGAGCUCAGAAUGCUUCUACACGAUAGAGCUAGAGGAGGGUUUCAUGGUCAGCCUGCAGUUCGAGGACAUUUUCGACAUUGAGGAUCAUCCUGAGGUGCCCUGCCCCUAUGACUACAUCAAGAUUAAAGCUGGCCCAAAAGUUUUGGGGCCCUUCUGUGGAGAGAAAGCCCCAGAACCCAUCAACACUGAGAGCCACAGCGUCCAGAUUCUAUUCCGCAGCGACAACUCAGGGGAGAACCAGGGCUGGAGGCUCUCAUACAGGGCGACAGGGAAUGAGUGUCCAGAUCCAGAGCUUCCUGUCCACGGGAAAAUCGAGCCCCUGCAAGCCACGUAUUCCUUCAAAGACCAGGUGCUCAUCAGCUGUGACACAGGCUACAAAGUUCUGAAGGAUAAUGUGGAGAUGGAUACAUUCCAGAUCGAGUGUCUGAAGGAUGGGACAUGGAGUAACAGGAUUCCCACUUGUAAAAUUGCGGACUGUGGAGCCCCAGCAGAGCUGAAACAUGGGCUGAUCACCUUCUCCACCAGGAACAACCUUACCACAUAUAAAUCUGAGAUCCAAUACUCCUGCCAGCAGCCCUACUAUAAGAUGCUCCACAAUAUCACAGGUGUAUAUACCUGUUCUGCCCAAGGAGUCUGGAUGAAUGAAGUACUGGGGAGAAGCCAGCCCACCUGCCUGCCAGUGUGUGGGGUCCCCAAGUUCUCCCGGAAGCUGAUGGCCAGGAUCUUCAAUGGACGCCCAGUCCAGAAAGGAACCACCCCCUGGAUUGCCAUGCUGUCAUACCCAAAUGAGCAGCCCUUCUGUGGGGGGUCCCUUCUAGGCUCUAGCUGGAUCGUGACUGCAGCUCACUGCCUCCACCAGUCACUCGAUUCAGAAUACCCAGCCCUACAUGACUCAGACCUGCUCAGACCUUCUGACUUCAAAGUCAUCAUGGGCAAGCAUUGGAGGCGCCGGUCAGAUGGGAAUGAACAGCAUCUCAGGGUCAAACGCAUCUUCCUCCAUCCUCUGUAUGACCCCAACACAUUUGAGAAUGACGUGGCUCUGGUGGAGCUGUUGGAGAGCCCGGUGCUGAAUGACUUUGUGAUGCCCAUCUGUCUGCCUGAGGAGCCCCCAGAGGAAGGGGCCAUUGUCAUCGUCAGUGGCUGGGGGAAGCAGUUCUUGCAAAGGUUCCCAGAGACCCUGAUGGAGAUCGAAAUCCCAAUUGUGGACCACCACACCUGCCAAGAGGCCUAUGCCCCUCUGAGGAAGAAAGUGACCAGGGACAUGAUCUGUGCUGGAGAGAAGGAAGGGGGGAAGGAUGCCUGUGCCGGUGACUCUGGAGGCCCCAUGGUGACCCUGGACAGGGAGAGAGGCCAAUGGUACCUGGUGGGCACAGUGUCCUGGGGCGAGGACUGUGGAAAGAAGGACCGCUAUGGGGUAUAUUCCUACAUCUACCACAAUAAGGACUGGAUCCAGAGGGUCACCAGGAUGAGGAACUGAAUUCAAUUCCCCACCCCUCACACCAUCAUCCAUGGUCAAUCAGCAGCACAGGAUAAUUCUCUGAUGCAGGCCGUCCCUCACCCUGACCCACUUCAUUUAGCCCAUCUUCACUGGCCAAUAAGGGGGGCAUCUCAGCCCACCCAGUAGCUGAGUGAUCAGCACGUAAGGCUGAAUCCAGGCCCAGUGACUUACUAGCUUUGCAUCACUGGGCAAGUGACUUUACCUCUGAACCCCCUUCUUCCUCCAUAUUAUGGAAAUGGCAUAUCUUACCUACCUCGUAAACGUCUGAUGAGGAUCAAAUUAAUUAAUAUAUACAUGGUACUUACCACAGUACAGACAUAACCUAAUGCUCAAUAAACAUGACUUAGCAAAAAGUCAUUGUGUUUACAAGGCAGACGAAGUUCUUACAAAUUCCACUGGGUCUUAGGGCUGAUCAGUAUGCACCCUUCCCCUCAACCUUGACCAUCUCCUUCAUCUGCCUGCAAAUAUCCUAUGCUUCUUUGCCAUCAUGCACUUUUUUUUUCCUGUCCCAAUCCCCGUUCUCAUAAAAAAGCAGAGACAAAAUUCUUUGUCCUAGAGCAUGUGCCAUAGCAACAUGCUUAUGAAUGUGAGCUGGACACCAAACUGUGAGAGUGUCUGAGAGAAGCAGGAUGAGAAUGAGGGAGGGACCAGGAACAGUGGCUAGGAAGUCAGAUGCCAGGUUCUAGAACUAGCUCUGCUCUCAGCUCCCCUGUGACUCUAUGCAAGACAGUCUAGAAUCCAACAAAGACAUUUUGUCCUGAUGAGAUGAGUAAAGUAUAAGUAACCAAAGGACAAAAAUUACCUUAAGGUUCGAUAGGGCUUUGCUGCAGACCCAAUACUGCAUCUGCUGCAAUGCUCACCCCACCCCCACUCUGUCCACCAGGCCCUGGUUCCCAAGAGUUUAGCCCAGCAAAGUGUUAGUCAAGGCAACUUCCCUCAUUCCUAGGCAGAGCAUCUGCUCCUUCCCUUUCUGGGAACCUGGGAACCAGGGCCCUGCACUCUCCUCCUUAUGUCCUCAGCUGACUCCACUGAUUCUUCACUUCUGUCCCUCACCCUUAAUGCCACAGCCCUGCAGGGUCAUAAGCAUUUCCCAAGCAGAGUGCCUCUUCCCUCCUAAAGCCACCUCCUCUCUCAGGAAGCUUCCAGAGACCUUAUCCCUUCCAGAGCUCUAAGAUUUAGACCCUUCAAGAGAUCAGAAGCCCCAAGUUCCUGUCCUCUGUUCUGUCAAAAUCAGUCUUCAUGGGACAGUUCAGUCCUUUACCUUCACUACAGCUAGGGGAAUCAUUCAGGAUCUCUUGCUGGAAGAGGGGUGAGGGGUGAGAACUCAUGGACUAAGGCAUAGUCUAAAUGCUCAGGGAUAGCUAUUGACAUCCUGCUUCUGGUUCCAUGAGUAAGACAUCGAACCUCUUGGUGCCCUACAGUCUGUGGUGUAGAGGAAAGAUGAUAGUAGGUGCCCAGCUUCACCAGAUAUAUGUCAAGCAAGCUGGAGCUCUAUCUCAGACACCAAAGAAUUGCAAUGCAAAAUUUUGGGGUUGCUCUAAGACAUUCCAAAACCCCAUUUCACAGCACUGCCUAGGUGCUCCCGUGUGAUAGGCUGGGCUGACUACUAUGGAGAAUACCAAGAUGAGGAAAGCAUGGUCAUGCCCUCCAGGGUCUCCUAUAGAAAGAACUGACACAUAUGCAAGUGACUACCAUGAACAGAAUGAACUCUGCUAAGUGCUAUCCUUGGGAGCAACAUGGAGCCAAAAGAAUGGCCACUCUGGUGUGGAAACAUUGGAAUAGGGGUCAUCGGGAAGAUAUCCCAGGGGAGAUGGUGUUGGUGCUAACCAUUGAGAAGGGUGGGCAUUUCCACAGGUAAAACAGGUGAAAGGAGAACAAGAGUAAAUGUCCACUCAGGUUUUCCUCAGAUUACACUAGUUUCUCUCACAAAAAUGACAUGUUUACUAGACCACUAUUCUGAUUCUGGGAUCAGACCCAACAUCUGAAAAUCAGACAACUACAGGACUUCAAUUUGUGUAAAAAUCCUGACUUCUGGUUGCACCCAAUUCAUCUUGUUUAUUUUCCCAACUACAGUUUUUUUUUUAUUUUUUUUAUUGGAGUUCAAUUUGCCAACAUAUAGCAUAACACCCAGUGCUCAUCUACAAUUUUAUCCUUAUUCUGAGGAAAUGGCUAAAUGCAUUGUGGAACUUCAGCUCACCCUUGUCAGCAAGCAUUUAUUAGAUAUAUCAGCCCUUGCAGUUCUGCAAAGGUUCAAGAAACCCAGAUUUCUCAGAGUCAUAGAAUCACAGAGGCUUGGAGUGUCUAUUAGGACCAUCUUAUCUAGAGGCAGGAAACUCAUUACCUCCAAAUGCAGCUCAUCCCAACUUCAAAAUGUGCUGCCUCUUAGAUCGCCUAUUCUAUGCAAUAAAAAUCCACCUGCCUGGAAUAUAGUUUGUAUAUCUAAAGCUGUGAUUCCAUAACAUGAAUGUUGUUAUUAGCAAUAAUGAUCAUGCCAAUUUCAUUGGCAACAGAAGCUAUUGUUCUUGUGAGUAACUACACAUUUGUUCCAAUAAACAUCUGCAUUGAGUCAAA